GCCUCUGCCCUGAGAACUCAUCCUGAGGAGCCCCUAAUAGGCUAUUACUUCUCUACGACCAAGAUAUGAUCUUCUUAAUUUACUUCUUUGUCUUGCUGUGGGAAGAGGCUCAUGGAUGGGGAUACAAGAACGGAAUUUUUCACAACUCCAUAUGGCUUGAACAAGCAGCAGGCGUGUACCACAGAGAAGCUCGGUCUGGCAAGUACAAGCUCACCUACACAGAAGCAAAGGAGGUGUGCGAAUAUGAAGGUGGCCGUCUCGCCACUUACAAGCAGCUAGAGGCAGCCAGAAAAAUUGGAUUUCAUGUCUGUGCUGCUGGGUGGAUGGCCAAGGGCAGAGUUGGAUACCCCAUUGUGAAGCCAGGGCCCAACUGUGGAUUUGGAAAAACUGGUAUUAUUGAUUACGGAGUCCGUCUCAACAAGAGUGAAAAAUGGGAUGCUUAUUGCUACAACCCACAUGCAAAAGAAUGCGGUGGUAUCUUUACAGAUCCAAAGAGAAUUUUUAAAUCACCAGGCUUCCCAAAUGAGUAUGACGAUAACCAGAUCUGCUACUGGCACAUUAGACUCCAGUAUGGUCAGCGUAUUCACCUGAGUUUCUUGGACUUUGACCUUGAAGAUGACCCAGCUUGCCUGGCUGACUAUUUUGAAAUAUAUGACAGUUACGACGAUAUCCAUGGCUUUGUGGGAAGAUUCUGUGGGAAUGAGCUUCCAGAAGACAUCAUUAGUACAGGAAAUGUCAUGACCUUAAAGUUUCUAAGUGAUGCUUCUGUGACUGCAGGAGGUUUCCAAAUCAAAUAUGUUGCAGUAGAUCCUCCAUCAAAAUCCAGUCAAGGAAAAAAUACAAGCACUAUUGCUACUGGAAAUAAAAACUUUUUAGCUGGAAGAUUUAGCCAUUUAUAAAUCAAAAAAGAUAUUUAGUAUUUAUGUUUGUAUCUUUUGGAACCCCUUGGAUCUCACUUUUAUAUUUUUAUUAUUGUUAUUAGCAUUUAUUUAUUACUUUUCUAAAUGUAAAUGUAAUACCUAUAAUUUUGAGAAAAUUGGAAACUGCAACAGUGUGCAGAUGAUGCAUUGUAAAAAAAUACAGAAAACGUUAAAUGAAUAAAAUCUCUCAUAAUCCCACUACAUGAAAAUAACAGGUAUUAACAUUUACAUAUUUUUUAGUCAUUUUUUGAUUUGUGGUAUCUGUAUAUAUGCAUUUGUAUCUGAAAUUUUGGAAUUCUGCCCCAUAUUUUACAUCUUUUUUAACCUUGAAAUACAUAGCUUAAGUAUUUCCCCAUAUGACUGGGUAUUGUGCAAAAUCAUGAUUUUGAACAGCUGUAAAAUAUUCCAUGGUAUGAUUGUUUCUUACUUUAUUUUAACCUCUCUCUGUUAUGGAUUUUUUAUGUCGUUUUUCAUAAAUAGUAU